UCUCAUAACACCAGGUCAUUCAUUCAUUCUUGAUUAUUAUACCAUAUAUCGUUUAUUAUAAUACCAGUAUAAUCACAAACUUCACCUGGAUGUGCAUACGCGUGCGUGUGUGUGUACGUGCGUGCUUGUAGUGUUGCGUGUGUGUAUGUGUGUGUGUGUGGAGGGUGAGUGAGUGUCACGGCCCUCUGCAGACGGGGGGUUGGGUAGCAGUACCGAUUGGUUGCUGCUCACUACAGUCAGUCUGGGCUUGUUUUAACAUAACCAGGGGCACUUCGACAGCAGGCAAAAAAAAAAAAAAAAAAAAAAACAUGUAAGCUGCUGUGGCUGCUCGGGGACCGGUAAUGGCACACUGAGUUUCGCCGCUGUGUGAUGUUGCAGCGGAAUGGAGAUUUACUUGUUAUUUUGUAUCUAAGGUGACAGUUUUUUAGAGGGCCGCCGCUGAUGAGGCGAUGAAGUGCAGAGAAUGAGAGCUGUGCCUUGGCCUACUAUUAGUGCUGCUGCAGCUGGGAUUGUGCAGAUCCGCUUUCACAAACCGAGAAAAACACUCGCUUUGUGCCACAUUAUCAAACAUCCGCUGUUGGUUUCACGGUGACCGACCUCCAAAUGGAUAGAGCCAUGACAACAUGAGUCAGUCAUACAGACCGGCUGUUAGGGUAAGCUCAGUGUUUGGCUCAGGCCAGCCAGAGCUGAGGCCCCGCAAUGGCCUUAUGAGCACUUCCUUUGGAAACCAAUGUGGCAUUGUGAAGCGAGGGUCAGACCAGCCAUCAGUGCAACUGCCAUCCUCCAGUCUCAAACAUUCAGCUGUACAUGGUUACAAUCAACCAGACCGAUCUCACUGCUACAGCCCACUCAAGAGGCUGCAGGACCGCAACACUGUGGUCAACAGGCCUGACCAAGAGAGGGACCUCCAUCCUACGAACCACUUGCACUGUGCAAGUCCAAUCAGUGACGAUGAUGAGUUUGAGGCUCCCUCUGUACAACUGCCUCCUUCUCCAGGCAAUGAUGACAUGGGGCCUUUUGAGACUCUGCAGGACGUUAACAGAAAUGGCUUCUCCCCUCACAGUCCUGACAGCCUUGAGCGCUGUUCUCCCAUCCCCAAUGGUUACUUGCAUUUUGAGUCAACACUGUUGGACAGCGGUGACAUUAAGGAGGAGGACGAGGAGGGGGAGCAAGAUAGUGAUGAGGACCUGAUGCCUUUUCACCAUUCGCCAAAGUUGAGGAGGGGGCGAAGUACUACUGACUGUAAGACCACAUGCAGCUCAGUGGUGGACAAACGAACUGUCUUUAAUCUGAUGUCUAAAACUAUAUCUGAACUCAACCCUACACUAAGCCCCAGCGCACUGCCAGAAUUCACUAUGAAAGAUGGAUGGAGCAUGGAUGAGGAGUCAGACAGUGAUGGUGAACUUACUUCUCUUGUUGAUCCUGGACUUAUUUCACCAGCUGGCACCAAUUCUAAUUCCAACAGCCCAAAGAAAAAGCCUCUCCCUACAGUGAAAUACUUGGAAGGUGACUUGGUUUGGGCUAAAUUCAACAGGCGGCCCUGGUGGCCCUGCCAUAUCGCCAUUGAUUCAGACCGUGGGAUCCACACUAAGAUGAAAGUCCCUAGUCCCCGUCCUUGUCGGAUGUAUUUCCUGGAAACUAUCGGUGAGAUUGCAGAGAGUGCUUGGGUCCCCGGGAAUGCCAUUCUUCCUUUUGAAGGAGGCCAUCAGUUUGAAGACCUUCCUGUGCUGAGACGGAGAGGGAAGCAGAAGGAAAAAGACUACAAGUAUACGAUACCCAAAAGUUUACUGACUGCAUGGAAAGUCAGUGUGACAGAAGCAGAGCGUUUGCUCCCUAGUCGACGACGGGAUGCUGAGAGCGAGCUUACAAUAUCUGUCAAUGGAGAGGAGCGUGUACCCAGCCCACUCCCUACUGUAAAGCCACAGGAGGCCAGCCCUCUCCCUCUGUCACCCAAUAUGGCCCCCAGUGAAAAUGAGCAACAUCUUAUUAAAAACUCUGCAGCAGUUCAGACCAAUAAGAGCAAAGCUUGUAAGAAGAAAAAGAAAUGUUUGUCAGACAUAUUUGGUCAUAUAGUUGGUGGAUCAAAGGAGUCAUCUACCAUCAUCAACACUGUGGACCAGGUUCAUACAACAACUCGUGCACUGAAAGAAGAGCCAACGGACUCACCUUAUGCAGACCUGGAUACAGUUCCAAUGCUGCAUCGUCCUAAACGCACAGCCAUGUCCCCGAUACAGGAUAUGGACAGAGCGGUCAGAAAGGAGCAGGCUUCAACUAAAGUCAAAACAAAGUUUACUGAAAAAGUGAAGCAUCUUACAGAUUUCCAUGAUUCCUCAGGUGUUGAAACAAAUAAGUGGACAUCUAAUGAUACACAUUCUAAACAGAGUUUGGGCAGCUGUAAUGAAUUGUUGUACAAUUCAGCUAAAAAGCACUCUCUAAGUCUUCCUGCCAGCAGCCGUCUUAUAACGAGGGCCUUGAAAGCGGAGGAAGACACCGAUUUCAAAGAUGCACUGGCCACAAGCCAAAUCUCAACCAAUGCCCACGCUGAUGAUUGUCUUGAUAAUACAGCUACUAAAGAUCCUCCCAUUAAAAGUAAUAUGUCUCCCAGCUGGGAAUCACCCACCAAUGCAUCAUCCUCUGCAAAUCACAACUCUCCAAAGAGGCGUGCAAGGAAGCCGGAUAGGAAACAAAUUCGUAAUGGCUCAUUGAUAAAGUCUAAAAGUAUAUCCAGUGUGCAGCCGGUUAAAAUCAAGACAGAGAACGUUGUCCCAGAUCUAUCAUCUUCAUCCCCCUCCUCAUCACUGUCUCCCAUGGAUGCUUUCCAGGAUGUCAAGGAACUAAUGUUUAAAUCUGUUGUGAAGGAGGACAACAGUGACUCGGAGUUAACUGCGUUUCGUCCCGAUUCCAAUUAUAAAUUCAGCACCUUCCUCAUGCUCCUGAAAGAUAUGCAUGAUACCAGAGAAAAAGAAGGUAAACCCCUGACUCUCCCACCAUCACCGGUCCUGAUCAAGGAGGAACCCCUCGUCAUCCCUUCUUCUACAGGAGAUGGUUUUAGUCAAGGGAUCAAAACAGAGAAUGGCCAGUCAAUAAAAUCCACAACAUCCCGAAAUACAGCAACAAAAAACAGGAGUAGGACUAAAGCUAUCAUGACAGCUGACACCUACCGUUGUGAAAAUUUUCCUGUUCACACUCAAAUUGGCAGCUCAGACAAGCAGCGUAGAAAGCAGAGGCUGCCUGCAAAACUGAAGCUCAGUAUACCUGGCCUGUCUUCAGACCUGGCUGACUUGGCUUACGGCAGGGAGUUUGUCAGUGGCCACGCUGACUUAGCUGGUCCUGGAUCUGGUCCUCCUGUCGCUGCCGAUCCCUCGGGCAGCUACCUCGAUAAGAAUUCAGAAUCCACUAUGGCUCCAAAGAAGCGCUGGCAGAUGGCUGAGGGCGCUGCUGAGAGAAUGGCUGAUGUUAUUAGUGGGGCAUCUGCUGAUAUGAACGGGUCUUACGCCAUGAGAGCGUCCCCAGAUCUUGAUCUGGGACUUGACAGACAGGCAGAGAAUGACUUUUCAGACACAAGCAGCUCAGCCGGAAAUUCAGAGAACAAACGACUCCGCAAACCUACUAAAAGGCUGCUGGAGUCAACUGAGGAGUAUGAACAAAUAUUUGCUCCAAAAAAGAAAUCAAAGAGAAACGCCUCAGAGACUUCCAAAAUGAUUUCUAGUGUAACCAGUGAAAACGUUAUGCAGGAGACAUCAGGGAUGACGGCACUCCAAGAUCUCAGCAGCACAUUGGAGACUGUUACCUCAACCUCCACCUCCACCCCCACCUCAGCCUCGUCUCCUGUAGAGCCCUCUGAGGCUCCAUCAGUACUGGAACGUAGCCCAUCUCAGGAUGAACUUUCUCCUGCAGCACCCUCAGUAUCCCCAGCCACUACACAACCUUCCCUCAACAUAGAGACUGCAGAAGAAACUGAUCUACCUCCUGAAUCUGGCAUGGGGUUAAUUAAUCAAGAAAGAAAGAGGCCAAGGAAGCUGUCACACAGGGUGCUGGAAUGUACCAUAGAAGAAGUGUCUGUUGCUCCUACAAAGAAAAAGCAGCCAACUCGACACAGUGGAGUUACCUCAGAGCUGAAGGUGUUAGUCAAGAACACUCAGGUUGGAUGCAUAAAGAAAGAAAAGCCUGUACCCAGCACAUCCUCUAUCCUUACUGCUGCCCCUCAGCACUCAGAGGACAAAGAUCUCCCUCGGGCUCUCACUCCAACCAGACCUCCCAGCCCUCAAGGAUGUAAGACACCCAAGCAGGAGGCAGAGGUUGAAGUCUGCAGCACUGAGGAGAAGCAAAACGUACACACUGGAACACUAACUCCCAAACUUGAGGUGCUGUCUGUUGGUUUGAAUGACAGCCUCUCGUUGCCGCAGGAUGUAAAAGGCAAAAUAGGAGCUGCAUGCUUAAAGGAGAACGUCUGUCAGGUGUGUGAGAGGACUGGAGACCUGCGGGUGUGUGAAGGCCACUGCUAUGGAGCUUAUCACCCACAGUGUAUCGGCCCAUCAGUGGCUCCCAAGGGGAAAUUCCUCUGUAAAGAAUGCAAGACUGGUGCUCACACAUGUUUUGUGUGCAAGAAGUCUAGCGGAGGGAUCAAGAGAUGUAUGAUACCAUUGUGUGGGAAGUUCUACCAUACAGACUGUAUAUUGGCCUUCUCAGCCACGCAGCCUCAUAACAAAGGCUUCCGCUGCCCUCUGCAUGUUUGUCUCACCUGCCACAUCACAAAUCCUCUUAACAUCUGCAGCUCUAAAGGUCGCUUGGCUCGGUGUGUGCGCUGCCCUGUGGCAUAUCAUGCCAAUGACAAUUGCAUGGCAGCAGGCAGCGUGGUGCUUGCAAACAACAGUUUCCUCUGUCCAAACCACUUCACUCCCCGCAAGGGCUGUAAGAACCAUGAACACAUCAACGUUAGCUGGUGCUUCGUCUGCUCUGAAGGGGGCAGUUUGUUGUGCUGUGAAGCUUGUCCUGCUGCUUUCCAUCGGGAAUGUUUGAAUAUGGAGAUGCCACAGGGAAGCUGGUUCUGCAAUGAUUGCAAAGCUGGAAAGAAACCUCGUAUUAAGGACAUACUGUGGGUCAAAUGGGGACGUUACAGGUGGUGGCCUGCAGAAGUGUGUCUGGCCAAAGAUGUUCCAAAUAACAUCUUGAGGAUGAAACAUGAGGUGGGAGAGUUCCCAGUGCAAUUUUUUGGCUCCAAAGAUUUUGUGUGGACAUACCAGGCCAGAGUUUUCCCUUACAUGGAGGGUGAUACUCACAACAUAGAGAAAAUGGGCAAGGGUGCAGACGCGGUGUACAAAAAGGCCCUCACUGAAGCAGCAGAGAGAUUCAAAGAGCUCCAAGCAGAAAGGGAAAUGAAACAACUUCAGGAGGACAGAAAGAAUGACAAGAAACCUCCUCCAUACAGGCACAUUAGGGUGAACCGGCCAAUUGGGAAAGUGCAGAUCAUUACAGCUGACCUAUCUGAGAUCCCACGCUGUAACUGUAAGGCAUCUGACGAGAACCCGUGCGGCGUCGACUCGGAGUGCAUUAAUCACAUGCUGAUGUAUGAGUGCCACCCUCAGGUGUGCGCGGCAGGGGAACGAUGUCAGAACCAGGCCUUCACAAAGCGCCAGUACACAACUGUGGAGAUUUUCAGGACGCUGUCACGUGGCUGGGGUUUACGUGCUGUGUCUGACAUCAAGAAGGGAGCUUUUGUGAGUGAAUAUGUGGGAGAGGUGAUCGAUGAAGAAGAAUGUCGAGCCAGGAUCAAACACGCUCAGGAAAACGACAUCUGUAACUUCUACAUGCUUACACUGGACAAGGACCGGAUCAUUGAUGCUGGACCCAAAGGGAACCAGGCUCGCUUCAUGAACCACUGUUGCCAGCCAAACUGUGAGACUCAGAAGUGGACUGUGAACGGGGAUACCAGGGUUGGGCUGUUUGCUCUACAAGACAUCCCAAAAGGUGAAGAGCUGACUUUCAACUACAACCUGGAGUGUCUUGGCAAUGGGAAGACUGCCUGUAAAUGUGGAGCACCAAACUGUAGUGGUUUCCUGGGUGUGCGGCCAAAGAACCAGCCGUCAGCUGAGAAAAUGAAACUGAAGGAAGGGAAGAGGAGAGUCCCCAUGAAGAAGAAAACCAAGCCAGAACUGAUGAAGGAGAGGGAGGACGAGUGCUUCAGUUGUGGUGAUGGGGGUCAGAUAGUGUCCUGUAAGAAGCCAGGCUGCCCGAAGGUCUAUCAUGCUGACUGUCUCAACCUGGCUAAGAGGCCUGCAGGGCGAUGGGAGUGUCCAUGGCACCAGUGUGACGUCUGUGGCAAAGAAGCAGCUUCAUUCUGUGAAAUGUGCCCCAGCUCUUACUGUAAGGAGCAUCGUGAAGGCAUGCUCUUCAUCUCCAAGCUGGAUGGCAAGCUGUCCUGCAGUGAGCAUGACCCCUGCGGGCCCGACCCACUUGAGCCAGGGGAAAUUCGUGAAUACGUACCUUCCACAGGUCCCGGGGCUGUGCCUCUCGCUCCCUCUCUGGUCCCAGUCUCCAGAAGAGCCAAUUCGGCUUCUACUCCCAUCACCUCCUCUGUUGGUCAAGCUGAGAAGGACAGGCAGGAGCCUCCUCCUCGUCUCUACAUCAACACAAAGACUGCUACCUCGAGCUUCAUCCCCACCAGCAGGUCUUACGCCACAGACAGGACUGAAGGGAGAGGGUUCUCCACCCCCACCUCCUCCAAGGACGAGAGAGAGGAAGGUGAGGUGGAGGACGGGGAGGUAUGUGGGUUAGAGGUAGAAGAGGUGGAAGACGACGACGACGAAGACGAUGACGAUGACGAUGAAGAAGCAGAGGAGGAAGAGGAUGAAAUGGAAGAGAUGGAGAUAGUGGAAGAAGAGGAGGAUGAACCGCUGUAUGGAAAUGACCUGCUGGAGGGGGAGGAUGAGGAGGAGGAAGAGGAGGAGGAGGAGGAGGAGGAGGAAGGAGCAGAUGUGUAUGACACUUGGGGUGAUUAUGUGGAUGAAGAUGGUGAUGAUGGAGAAGUGGAGGGUGAGGACUUGGAGGAGUGGGAUAGAGUGGAAGAGGAUGACAAGUGAUCAUCUGUUCCUUCAUAACUACUCAUCUAAAACUCUUCAUAAACAUUCAAAGGACAAAAACGUUUGUUAUUUUGGUACCGACUUGAACGCAACACUGCUUUCACUUUGGUACUACGUUGCCUUCUCAUCCCCAGACUGCUGUACUGACAGUAGGGAUGUGUACUGGUGCUAAGGCUCAAGGACUGAUUCACUCAGUCUCUUAAACUUCUGUCGAUAUGUUUAUUUGUGUCUGGUGCUGUUAUGUUCUUUUGUUUCUUUCUCUCAACAUUGUUUACAUUUUUGCCUUUUUAAAAAAAAAUGUUUGGAAUACAAGAAAAAAAGUGAGAAGCUUCUCCUGACCAAACUGUCACCAUUAAGGGCAUCUUAUGUUACUGUUACUGUCUUAACCUUAUCUUUCUAAUUACAAGAGUGGUCAUAAUAGUUUUCUCACUGGUCCAUUUUACUGCUAAAAACAUUCAUACCUGCUCGGUGCUUCUGAGGAAAGCAAAAAUAAACCCACUGGUGUCAUCAGAACUGAAGAUGAUUCUCCUCACAACAAAAACAGUCUGCUCUUUUUGUAAUUUCAUCUUUUUUGUCCAACCAGCAGGUAAGUCAGAGUUCAGGUCCUGAGGCACAGAGAAAUAAAAUAAUCUCAUGGCAUGCAGUGACGUGUCAUAUGCAUCAUGUGUUCAAAUGCAUCAGAGAUAUCACUAACAUUGUUUCUGCACCCAUACUGUCUCGUUUUCCAAGUUAG